AUGAGCCCGCCGCGCCGCGGCCGCCGUCCCGAGCCGCGCGGGCCCCGAGCCGCUGUCGCCGCCGCCGCCACCACCGCCGCCAUGGCCACGCCGCUGCCCAGCCGCGCAGGCGGGCCCGCCACGCCGCUGUCGCCCACGCGCCUGUCGCGGCUGCAGGAGAAGGAGGAGCUGCGCGAGCUCAAUGACCGCCUGGCGCACUACAUCGACCGUGUCCGCGCGCUCGAGCUCGAGAACGACCGGCUCCUGCUCAAGAUCUCCGAGAGGGAGGAGGUGACCACGCGCGAGGUGAGCGGCAUCAAGACGCUGUAUGAGUCGGAGCUGGCCGAUGCCCGCAGGGUGCUGGACGAGACGGCGCGGGAGCGGGCGCGGCUGCAGAUCGAACUGGGGAAGCUGAAGGCUGAGCUGGAGGAGGCGAACAAGAGCUCCAAGAAGAGGGAGGGUGAGCUCACGGUGGCCCAGGGCCGCGUGAAGGAUCUGGAGUCGCUGUUCCACCGGAGCGAGGCAGAGCUGGCUGCCGCCCUCAGCGACAAGCGCGGCCUGGAGAGCGACGUGGCCGAGCUGCGGGCCCAGCUGGCUAAGGCAGAGGACGGUCACGCGGUGGCCAAAAAGCAGCUGGAGAAGGAGACGCUGAUGCGCGUAGAUCUGGAGAACCGUUGCCAGAGCCUGCAGGAGGAGCUCGACUUCCGGAAGAACGUCUUUGAGGAGGAGGUGCGGGAGACGCGGCGGCGGCAUGAGCGCCGCCUGGUGGAGGUGGACAGCAGCCGGCAGCAGGAGUACGACUUCAGGAUGGCGCAGGCGCUGGAGGAGCUGCGCGGCCAGCACGACGAGCAAGUGCGGCUGUACAAACUGGAGCUGGAGCAGACCUACCAGGCCAAGCUGGACAGCGCCAAGCUGAGCUCUGACCAGAACGAUAAGGCCGCCAGUGCCGCCCGGGAGGAGCUGAAGGAAGCCCGCAUGCGGGUCGAGUCCCUCAGCUACCAGCUCUCCGGCCUCCAGAAGCAGGCCAGUGCCGCAGAGGACCGGAUUCGCGAGCUGGAGGAGACCAUGGCUGGGGAGCGGGACAAGUUCCGCAAGAUGCUGGACGCCAAGGAGCAGGAGAUGACCGAGAUGCGGGACGUGAUGCAGCAGCAGCUGGCCGAGUACCAGGAGCUGCUCGAUGUCAAGCUGGCCCUGGACAUGGAGAUCAGCGCCUACCGCAAGCUCCUGGAGGGCGAGGAGGAGAGGCUGAAGCUGACCCCCAGUCCGGCGUCGCGCGUCACCGUCUCGCGGGCCACGUCGAGCAGCAGCAGCGGCGGCGUGUCCACGGCCGGGCGCCCGGGCCGCAGCAAGCGCAAGCGGCCGGAGGCGGAGGAGUCGCCGGGCCCGGGCUCGAGCGGCAUCGGCUCCGGCAGCAGCAGCAGCGGCAGCACCAGCUUCCAUCUGACGCAGCGGGCCUCGGCCUCGGGCGGCAUCGGCAUCGAGGACAUCGACCUGGAGGGCAGGUUUGUGCAGCUGAAGAACAGCUCGGACAAGGACCAGUCCCUGGGGAACUGGCGAAUCAAGAGGCAGGUCAUGGAAGGGGAGGAGAUUGCCUACAAGUUCACGCCCAAGUACGUGCUGCGCGCCGGCCAGACUGUCACGGUGUGGGCUGCUGGUGCGGGAGUGGCCCACAGCCCCCCCUCGACGCUCGUGUGGAAGAACCAGAACAGCUGGGGCGUGGGCGAGAGCUUCCGGACCGUCCUGGUCAACGCCGACGGGGAGGAAGUGGCCAUGAGAACCGUGAAGCAGUCCUCGGUGGUGCGGGAGACGGAGAACGGGGAGGAGGGAGAGGAGGAGGCAGCAGAGUUUGGCGAGGAGGAUCUUUUCCAUCAACAGGGGGACCCAAGGACCACCUCGAGAGGCUGCCGCGUGAUGUGAACGGAACACGCCUCAUCAACUGUCUUUACCCCAGAGCCACCGAAAACUAUUUUUAUAUCAUUGGCUGUCUUUAGUCCUUGAUACAUUUCUAGAGAAUU